CACAACCAUACGCAUACACGAAACGACCAAGGUUGCAAACUGCCAACAAAAAAACGACCGCAACAACAAAACACAACAAGAAGUUGCUGCUGCUGCAACCAAACCAGCCGUCUCAGUUAAGACUCAACCCAAGCCCGUACUGAACUAGCCAUUCCAAUCCAGAUGCCUGCAGAGUCUUCUUCAUCGAUUUCUAUCAAGCCCAAGAAGGGCCGAGGUCGUCCCGCUCCCUCUCCCCGUUCCAUCCUAGAUCGACAAGCCUUACUGCAAGCGUUGGAUGAACGAGACAUUGUGGUCAAGCAAGAGCACAUUACUGGCUUCUACCAAUCCCUGCAUCGCCACCAUUAUCCUCCCUUGACGAAUUUUGUGGAACAGUAUUAUCACAAUGAAAAGCUGGCAGCUGGGAAUAACGUCAGCAAGAAGGAAAAUGCUACUAUUACAGAACAACCCCAGCUACCGUUGAAGAAUGCCAUUACCACGCGCAAAAAUCGCAACCGCAUCAAUCUCCCCAAACUGUUUUUACAAUUUCUAGCCGAUCCUGCCAAUGGCUUUGUCACGGUAACGAGCCAGGUGGCCAAAGUCAUGACGAGUGGCGAUGGAUCCACUACCAAAUUGGCCGUUCAAUUGCACGAUGGGCAACUCGUAGAAUCCGUAUUGAUGCGCUACGGAGCACGACAAGAAAACAAAAUUCUCAAGAGUGGAAGAGCGUCGCUUUGUGUCAGUAGUCAAGUCGGAUGUGCCAUGGCCUGUAACUUUUGUGCCACGGGCAUGAUGGGACUCACGGGGAGUCUCCACUAUAGUGAGAUACUCGAGCAAGUCAUUCAUGCCGAACGCAUUCUGGCCAAGGAAGCUCUCGAACGACGUACACUGCAACAAGAAAACAACAACAACAACAACAACGAACAAUCCAAGAAACAAAGCAAGAAGGACAAGACCAAUACAGAUCUCGAUGUGGUCCGGAAUAUCGUCUUCAUGGGCAUGGGCGAACCACUGGACAAUUACAGCAAUGUCGUCGAAGCCUGCCGGGCUCUCAUUGAUCGCAAGAGAUGGAACUUGGCACAUGGACGGGUCACCGUGUCCACGGUGGGCAUUGCCUCCAAAAUUAGAAAAUUGACACAAGACUUGCCCGAAGUGUCCUUGGCACUAUCCUUGCAUGCACCCAAUCAACGAUUGAGAUCCGUAAUUGUACCCACAGCAAAGCAUUAUCCUAUUCAAGACAUUAUUGAUGCACUCGAUGGACACAUGAAGGCAGCCAUUCAGCCACGACAAAGUGAUGCCAAUACACAUCAUCGUCCUCCCAAUGGAAGUUCGUCCUCGCGACGUAGGGCCAUGAUUGAAUACGUCAUGUUGGAAGGAGAAACAUCGUCGUUCGAAUGUGCUCAUGAAUUGGGAAAACUAUGUCAGGAUCGAAAUCUCGUCGUCAAUCUCAUUCCAUACAAUCAAACAGAUGUCAAGGACAAACUCAGGUGUCCCUCCAGAGAACAUAUUCGCGAAUUUCAAAGAAUUGUCACGUCCUAUGGAACCUUUUGUACCACACGAAGAACCAUGGGAGCAGAUAUCGACUCGGCGUGUGGUCAAUUGGUCGUUUUGGAAAACAACAACAACAAGGAAAAGGCAGUGGUUCUGGAUAUUGAAGAUGGUAUUGGUCCGAUAGCAUCCACAAAAACAAGUAGUGUUUCCAACAACAACAAUAGCAAGUCAGUGGCAGUGGUCAAGAAAUCAUCAUCUCGUGAGACCCCUGCUUCAAUCAAUCCGCCGGCAUCCAACGACAACAAUGGUGCUACAGCAACAGACUUGGAAAAGUGGAUUCUACCACUUCAAAUUGCAACAGCCAUUUCAGCAUCCUGCUUUCUCUUGUCAACAGCCUUGUACCUGAAACAAAGAAGGCAGUGAUUGCACUCGAGAGUGAACAUGUUACACUAUAAUACCCUGCACUUGUACACGUUUUACUAGUCUAGUCUAUUUCAACUGUUCAGAAACCUUUUGAC